AUGAAGUUACCGGAAUUAGAUAUACCUUUAGCACAUCAAGUUGCGACAAUAACAGCCACAUCAACGUCAAUAUCUGAAAGGAUUCAAUCUCCUACAUCAAAUUCUAUCACAACAAAUAAUUUAACCUCCCAAAUUAAUUUACCUCUACUUCCGACCCCUGAACCACAACAAAAAGAAACGAUCAACAAUCAGAUAUCAAUCAAGUUGUUAAAACAUCGCAAAGCAACAUCAGUGUCAUCAUUAAAUAAUAAAUUUACUUUAAUUCGUAACGCAUUAAAUAAUUUAAGUAGGUUCCUAAAAGAAUUACAACCAUGGAUGCCAUUUAUCAUCUGGGCCAUAUUAUCUAUAAUCACGUUAUGCAUAUUUCUAGGUUAUCGUGUGGAAAUCUUCUUGGUAUUAGAUAAUUUUGCUCAUUUGGUAAAGUCGAUGGGCACCAGUGGUGGCAUGAUAUUCUAUCUAAUGAUAUUUUUAACCACUUUCCCAUUGGUGAUUGGAUAUAGCACAUUAAUUACUUUAUCAGGAUUUACAUUUGGGUUCAGGGUAGGAUUUUUUAUAUCAUAUAUGGCAGCUCUUACAGGAGCCAUAACAGUGUUUUAUUUAAGUAGAAAAUGGUUUAGAAAAUCCGUUAGAAGGAUGUUACAUAAAAAUAAAUCCCUUAAUGCUGUCAUUACAGCGGUUGAGAAAAAGGGUUUCAAGUUAUUAUUCUUAAUAAGAUUAGCACCUUAUCCUUAUAAUGUGUUAAAUACUUUGUUGUCAGCUACACAUUUAUCAUUCAAAACGUUCGUAGGAGCAACCGCCUUAUCUUUAUUCAAAUUAAUGAUACAUGUUUGGAUUGGAAGCAAGUUAUCUUCAUUUUCUGCUCAUUAUACUCUCAAAGAAACCAAUGAUAUUAGCACAACUAGUAAUAAUAACAGUCAGGAUGUGUUGAAAGCAAUAAUGAUGAUUAUUGGAAUAAGUAUUGUUGAUUUUGUUAUUGACAAUCUUUUUAUUACUAACGAAAAAAUGAAUGAAAAUAAUGAUGUUGAAAAAGAUGAACAUAGUAAUCAUAAGGGCAUAAGAUCUAUUGACGUUAUUGAAGAAGAAAAUACCAAUUAA